GCCCGCUCGUCGUCCCAACCUGCCCCAAUUGAUUUCCGAAACAACAAAGUUCGCUAUGAGAGUGUCAAUAGGGUAGUAGGCCGGUAGAACAGCCGCUUAACUCGAGAGUUUUAGCGCGAGUUCGAUCUUUGAAAAAUUUGAGUGACAUUUUUGGAUUUGUUUAUGGUGACAGUGCUCGCAUAUUCUGGAUUUUGUUAAACAUAAGGCAUUUCCUACCUUGUAUGGAUGUUAUCUUGAACGAGCAAUCUGAACAUUUAAAGUAAUGCUAAAUUUUCGACUCACCAUAAAACGAAGACUCCUGAGCAAAUGUUUAACCACCACGUGAAUAUAAAAAUGUGAGUAAGUGACUUAGACGUACGGUUAUUUUCGGUAAGAACUAUGGUCGGUGUGUAUUGGUUGCAAUGGUUCCUAAUAUGGUUAAUUGCUGUGGAGAGAACCCGAACGGCACCCACGCAGACGCAGCAAGAAAAAAUACAAGAUCAGGAAUACUGGUACGAACAAGCCAGGAUAGCCCUUCGGAAACGGCUGCAAUACUCGAUGGAAACGGAGCGGCGGCCGUUCGCCAAAAACGUCGUUCUUUUUGUGGGGGACGGCAUGGGCGUUGCAACCGCCACCGCUGCACGUAUUUUACGAGGUCAGCGACUGGGAAAGAGAGGUGAAGAUCACGAUUUGGCGUGGGAUUCUUUUCCUGCCGUCGCGUUAGCUAAAACAUUCAACAUGGAUGCUCAAAUAGGUGAAUCGUCUGCGUGUGCGACAGCCCUCAUGUGUGGAGUAAAAACCAAUUUCGAGACCGUGGGAUUAGAUGCGAGGGGCCGUUUCGAAAACUGUUUCUCGAGCUUCUCUUCGAGGGUGCCUUCUUUAAUUGAUUGGGCUCAAGAGUCAGGAAAGUCAACAGGGAUCGUCACAAAUACAAGAAUAACACACGCCACGCCUGCUGCGCUCUACGGGCAUUCCCCAUCAAGAUACUGGGAAGACGACUCAAAAGUACCACCAGCGGCUAGAAAGUCGUGUAAAGAUCUGGCUAGACAACUUAUAGAGAACGACCCAGGAAGGAAUAUUAACGUGCUUCUUGGAGGCGGUCGAAGACAUUGGCUGCCUAAAGUUGCUCACGACCCAGAAAUGACGAAAGAAGAAGGCAGACGACUUGAUGGUCGAAAUCUUAUCGACGAUUGGGUGCGCGAUAAAAAGAAAAGAAGUCUGAAGGCUCAGUAUGUAUGGAACAAAGGGCAACUCGAUCAAAUAGAUCCCAAUCAAGUUGACUACCUCUUGGGGUUAUUUUCGUAUUCCCACAUGGACUUCGAAGCCGACAGAGAUCCAGGCUCCGGUGGGGACCCCUCGCUGGCAGAUAUGACACGGUCGGCGCUUUCCAUACUACUCAAAAACCCCAAAGGAUUUUUUUUGGUCGUCGAAGGUGGGCGGAUAGACCACGCACAUCACUACAACAAUGCUUACAGGGCAUUAGACGAAACACUGGCUAUGGAGACGGCUCUAUUAGCCGCUUUGGCUCUAGUCAAUCCCACAGAAACCCUCAUUGUUGUUACAUCCGAUCAUUCUCACGUAUUAACCAUGGGAGGACAAGCUACCCCUAGGGGCCAUCCCAUUUUAGGCCCCGACAGUAAAGUCUCAGACGUGGAUGGACAACCAUACACGACUAUUCUCUACGGAAACGGUCCUGGCUUCGCGACGCCGAGGAUAGUUCCGAUGAAUACGUCUUCAGCAGCAGAAGACAGGAAUCAAGUCCACGGAUCCGCUGUUCCGAGACAAUGGGCGACGCACGGCGGAGAAGACGUUCCAGUAUACGCUCUAGGGCCUUUAGCUACUACUUUGUUUACAGGUACUUUUGACCAAAGCUACAUUCCACACGCCAUAGCCUACAGCGCCUGCUUGGGCGAACACAGGCUCCGCUGCCAAGGCCUCGACAACUACACGGGCGCUCCCUUACUGCCGCACGGCGGGAGCUGCACUCCCCAAGAGCCCGCCAACGUGGCUCACGCGGGGCAGCCGAUCGUGAUAGCCAGCAGCGUCAUGUCUGAUGAUGGACAAAUGAGGGUAAAGCCGUCCAGCAGAGGCGGUAGAAUAUACGUAAUUCGUUUGAUGACUCUUUUCUUAGCGGUAGUCUUGAGGGGAACGUAGAGAUGGAUACAAUGAUAAGUGAUAGUGCGAUACGAAUUUAUUUUUAAAGACCACGUAUUUUGGGUAUACAGAUGAUCGUUUAAGAUUUAAAUGUACAAAAUGAAAUUUAUUAUUAACGUUAGUGCACAAACUGUAUCUCUUAACGUAAUGAUAUAGCCCAGGAGGGAGGGUCAAGUUUGAUAGGAGCAUUUUAGCAUGGCUGUUUUUUAUAUAAUCAGUUGUUCCAAAGCUUAUUAACAAAUGAUGUGUCAGCUGGUCGAAAACCGGGGUUUUUAGGCAAGAAAAGAUAAAAUGUGAAGGUAGAUGGAAAAAACCCUCAACUUAUAUAUCAAAUAUUUAUCUCCGUGCCUUACAUCCAUAAUGGCAUAGUGGUUAGAAUACUUGGCUUUCACCCAGGGAGUCGGGUUCGAUUCCCGGUGACGGAAAUCGUUUUUGUUUUAAAAUUAAAAUUUUGAUUUGAAAAAUAAGGGUCCCAGUGAAUUCGUGACUAUUUUAGUCCUCCAUCCUAAUUACAGGCCAAUUGGUAACUCCGGCCCUCAGGUAAUUUUUCGGUAACCAAUCAACUACCGGUGAAUUCGUAACUAAAUAAAGGUAUAAUCUUUUAGACUUGAAAUAAACAUAUGGAAAAUCUCUUUGCUUUUAAAUUAUCAGUUGGAUUUAAAUAAUUUAUCAUUGCUAAACUUCUAAAUAUUGAAUUUACAAUUACUUGAUAAAAACCAAGCUCGUGUAGAGCUAUACUUGAUGGAAAUAAUAUUUAUAACACGUGUUAAUGAAACACUAUAAUAUUGUUUCAAUUAUUUUAUUAACAUAUUUAAAAUUUUACUAUUUUUUAUAGGAACAUAAUAUAAUACAAUGUUUUAAGCAAACCAAGAAACAUUCGGUUUAGAUUUAAGGUAUUAGAUUUAAUCAAUGGUUUCGAAUUCACCUGAAGAAAGUUUCGAGUUGGCAGGUAAGGUAAUAGAAAAGUUACGAAUUGUCCGGUGUACAUUUUUAUUUGAAAAUUUUUGUCAUUAAAAGUUACGAGUUGGCGCGUGUCCAAAAUAAUUGUUUUUAUAAUACUUUUGAUAUUAUGUAGUAUAAAUAAUAAAAACGUAAUAUUAUCAAAACAAUUAUUUUUCAAAUCGAAAUGUCAAUUUUAAAAACAAAAAAGAUUUGAGUCGCGCUAGUUGACAGACAUUUUCGUUAUCCAACAAGUACUAUCUACUAAAAUAAAGUCAGAGAAUCCAUGCUAAAAUCACCGUAAAAAUUUGACACUACCUCCCAGACUAAAAUGAACGAAUAUUAAGUUUAGAUUCAAACAAAUGCAUGGGCAGUAAAUUAAUAAUUUUUUUUUUCAACAUUUCUAGGUGUGUUUCAUUUCACAACUUACUUUUAUUAGCAUUUGUAACAUACUUCGCAAAUUUAAUUUGCACUUUACUCCUUAAAAUAUAUUUAACUGCAAAAGCUUUGCAUCACCAAAAAUUAUUCUCAUUUUGAUAGUUGAUUUUUUCGUGAACUGAUUAGCGGAUUUCACUAAUUUUUUGUAGUAUUUUAAAUCUUUCUUAUGAGAGACCUGGGUGAAUGAAAGCAAUGACCAAGGUAGAGAAAUCAGGAUGCGCAUUGAAAAGAAAGACAAGCUUUUAUAAAAAUGAAAAAAAAGUUUUGUUAAUUGAAAUCUUCUUCUGGAACUGAAGAUAAGAGCCUUAAGAUGCUACGUGUUCUCGACUGGAAAGAAACUGGAAGCAUUUUUGACGUGGUGCUAUACAAGGGAUUUUGAAAAUACCAUGAAUUUAACGAAUUACAAAUGUAAAAGUAUUAGGAAAAGUUACAAGGGUGGAUAUAUUAUAUCGAAAUAGAGUUGUAGCCUCAUGUUUUGUGAACAUUUUGUUUCUUUUUUUUAAUUUCCCUGAUAUAUUUAAAAACAGAAAAUAAACAGUUCUACUCUUUAAUAUGUGUUUUAACUGAAACAAUACUUAAAUAACGAUAAAAAAAUAAAAACUGUUAACAAUCCUUUAAUAACAGUAAGAAACUUAACGUCAAUAAAUGUCAAUAAUCAUAGUUUCUAUGCAGGGAUGCAGGAAGGGGCUGACGAAGUCUUUCUAUAAGUAAAACAAAGUAAGUUAUCAAUCGAAGCAGCACAGACAACGACAAUAAAUAUCGUCUCCAUACCAGCAGAUUGACAACAGGUGGAAUAGUUUCUUUGGUUACACCUCCUGAGAUUUUCAAAAUUUAUAAAUAAUACAGGAUGCCGAGGAAAUUAAGAUGAGAGAAUUUUAAAUAAUUCACAACUCAUCUGCUCAGCGUGGUAAAAGCUCCAACAAGAAAGAUUUCUUAAUACUCAAACAAAAGAGUAAAUGAAUUAAAAAUGUAUAAACAUUUUCAAUUUGUUUGCAACACGAAAAUGCAACAGCUGCAUAAUACUCUGGUCAAAUCUGUGAGUGCAGGAAGAGUCUAUACCGGUUUCGGGGUUGUUUCCCCCUCAUCAGUAGUCCCAUAUCCUCCUCUCUCAGAUUCCUCCACGUACCACACUUUGGACCUUUCCGAAUUGCA